CCACAAAGCGGUCUAGGAACCCAGGGUGUCGCCUCUAGAGCUUUGGGGAAGUGGGGUUUCUCCCAGGAGGCAAGGGGUAGAAGCGAGGUAGGUGGCUUGGAAAAGUUCGGUAGUCGGACCUGGGCCGCAGAGGGCAAAGCGGCCACUCUUUCUGAGAGGCAGAGGUAGGUGGGCUCACCCUCCCACUCCGAGCCGGCCUGACCCUGGAUGCAGGCGGAAGGGGGGCAGCGGGGAGCGGAGGACUGUGCGGAGGCCUCGCUGCAGCUGCUGCACCCCCACCCCGCGUCGCCUCCCAGCCCUGGCUCCCAGUGCUCCGGGUUUGCUGAUGGUCCCGGAUGGACAGCCCGGAGAAGGCUUCCUGUGCAGGAAGACAUUCUCAUCAGAUCUCGUGUCCCGAAGCCCAGCGCUGCUGCCGGGGGUCUGACCCGGCCGCUCCGAGCACCCCUCCCCCGAGCCCUGGCUGGGCGAGAAACCGAGAUGGUGGCUGCAGAAACUGGAGCCCCGGCGCCGGGGCGACCGCGAGGGGCUGAGGCCUUUGAGAGCGCUGCCGCCCCUUGCCAAGAAAUUCUUCCUGUGGAAGACUGUCUUGCUGCCUACCGAAGAGCCUACCCAAGAAGUACUCCACUGUGCAACUGAACCAUCAAUCUUGUGCAACAAGAAGCAAGACAGGCCAGGCGUGGUGGCUCACACGUGUAAUCCCAGCACUUUGGGAGGCCGAGGUGGGUGGAUCACCUGAG